AUGCUGGUGACCACAGCGAUCCGCCCCUCCUUUGGCAGGCUUGUUUUGCCUCAUGAAAUGCACCGCAAGUGCCGCACCGUACAUCACACCCUUGAGGUUGACGUCGAUGCACAUAGUGUCUGGGACCGGUGGAAGAAUGUCUACAGGCACAUGGCGCCGGCCGAAGUUGUACUUGGAGUCACGGCCAAGGCCGCCUGUGUUGGCCACAAAGUCGUCCAGACGACCCUAGCGGGACCAGACGACACCAAACGCGACAGCCUGUUAUUCGCACGUGGCUACAUCGCAUUGAACGAGCAUGGCCGUUUCUCUCGAGGGGUCGGGGUCGCGUACGGGAUGCUCAGACUCGGUUAUACGGCGGGCGGCUAUGGCUACCCGGUAGCAUUUUCUAUGCAGUAA